GCCGUGGCGCAGCCCGGGCAGUCCCUUCAGCGCAGCUGCUGCCCGGAGUGCGCUUCCGACGAGCCGGAGUGCGGGGGGCGCCGCCGGAGCCAGCCGAUCCCUGCUGCCGCUGCUGCUCCCCAAUUGGAUUAGCCUCGCGCCCGCGGCCCGUGGGAGGCAGACGGGGCCGCCGGCCUGGGAAUUACCGCGGAGUUGCCUCCCCGACGCCUGCCUCUUUUGCGCGCCCCGCUCCCUGCCUCGCUCUCGGGCGUGACUCGCCUUCGCCCUCGGCAGGAUGGGAAGCCACAGCUCCAAGGCGGGCAAGGGAGACGUGAUCGCCCAGGAUGCCGCCGCCGCCGCCGGCUCGCCCUCCAAGUCCAACGGCCAGGAGAACGGCCACGUGAAGAUCAAUGGGGACGUUUCCCCCCAAGCCGAUGGAGAAGCCACCCCACUCAACGGCAACGGGUCUGCUGAGCCGGUCAAGGAGGAAGCCAAGGUAGAAACGGGCAGUGGCGAUGCUAUUGAGCCAGCUCCAGUUGCUGAAGACGGGGACGCCAAGCCUGAUGGAGCUUCUGCCGCUGCUGCGGCUUCUAAAGAAACUUCGAAGAAGAAGAAGAAAUUCUCUUUUAAGAAGUCCUUCAAGCUGAGCGGGAUCUCCUUCCGGAAGGCCAAGAAGGAGUCUGGGGAUGCUUCGGCCGUGUCCUCUCCCAGCGAAGAGCAAGGGAAGGCUGAAGCCAAGGGGGAGGAGAACCCAACUUGUGCCGUGGAGGAGACAGAGCAGGCCAGCACAACCAAAGAAGAGACCCCCGAGGAGAAGCCGGCUGCCCCCGCUGAAGCCGUUGCUGCUGCUUCUGCCCCAGCAGCUGCCGAGAGUCAGCAGGAAGCGGAGCCCAAGAGGGAAGAGGGGAGUGCGGAGCAAGGGAAGGAGGAAGAGAAGCAGCAGCCUCCCGGAGAGAGUCCGGAGGACACGAAGCCGGAAGAGACCUCAAAACCAGCAGAGGUGGAGUCCAGUCCCGGGCCAGGGGCUGCUGCGCAGAAGGAAGAGUAGAGCCCGGCUUGCUGUCCACCUAACUUAAAAGAAAAGACUUGUGCCAUCCUUCUCUUCCCAGUAACCCCUCGGAAUUGCUGCCUUGUUCACAUACACCACACACACGAGUCUUUCUCUGCAAAGUUCAGCAUAGAACUGAUGAGCUUUUUCUCCCCCGUUUUCUUUCCUCCCUGUCUCACUCCUCCUCCAACACUCUUAAGCAAAAAAGAGAGCCACCUGCUUGGAUACUCAGUACCAGCACAGCCACUAUUACCACUCAGGAGUCGGCUUCCUUACCUCCUUGGGGAGGGAAAAACUGUCUGGAGGGAUUUCUGUCCCUGGACCAACCUGGAACUUGCUCAGUUUAAUGAGACUCCAGCAUUCUCAACACCCCAGGUCUUUGUGUGUUCGGAUCUUCCGUUCCUACUAAUCCUCAAAGCAGCCCUUUCAGAAAGUCCAAUAAGCCAGCAACUGACCGUUCCUCCUUCAGGAUGGAUAUUCUCGAUCUUUCUCGGUUUACAUUCCUGGUUCUGACUUCAUUUAAAAGUAUUUUGUGCUUUUAUAGAAACCAACAGUUUAAAAGCUAAUCUGGUUAGUUUUUUAUAAUGUCUUGCUAUUGGCUUAAAACCAUAAAGCUUGUAAGUCACUGUGUUUAAUUUGACUUCAGAGGGAGAACUUCUUUGGGUUUAUUUGAGGGAGGGGGGUCAGUUGGGUGGGGGUGGGUGUUGGGGGAGGGAGAGUGCUGGUUGUAUGAUGUGACUUCAAUUUUUUUUUUGUUGUCUCUGUAAAUAAUUUUUUAAUGACCCAACUUCUGAUCUGCAAUUUUCUAACUCCUAAAUAAAGUUGUAUGGGUCUUAUUGUAACAUUUGAAAGGAAUAAAUGGUGACCCCUUUA